AUGGUUCGGACGGUGGCUGUUCUAGGUGCAGGGCCGUCGGGUCUGACCAGUAUCAAGUCCUGCUUGGAUGAAGGUCUUGAGCCCACUUGCUUCGAGAGCGGCCCCGACAUCGGUGGUCUGUGGAGGUUUAAGAAUAAACCGGAGCCGGGGCGGGCCAACAUCUACCAGUCAGUCGUCAUCAACACUUCCAAGGAGAUGAUGGCCUUCAGCGACUUCCCACCACCCGCCCACUUCCCCAACAAUAUGCACCACUCUGAGGUGCUGCUCUACCUACGCCAAUACGCGCAAACCUUCGGCCUGCUGCAGCACAUCCACUUGCAGACCACUGUGGUCGGUGUGCGGCAAACUCCUGAUUUUGCCUCCAGCGGUCGUUGGGAGGUGGAGACUGAGCGGCAUGACGGCCAACGGGAGAGUCAUGUUUUCGACGCCGUGAUGGUCUGCACAGGACACUAUGCCACGCCAAAUCUGCCACUCAAAGACUUUCCAGGUAUAGACAGCUUUGAAGGUAAAUAUUUCCACAGUUGGGAAUACCGCAGCCCUGAGGGCCUUGAGGGUAAACGGGUGGUAGUGGUUGGCAUGGGCAACUCCGGAGGCGACAUUGCAGUGGAUAUCAGUCGCGUGGCCGAGAAGGUGUACCUCAGCACCAGGAGUGGCGCAUGGGUGCUCGGCCGCGUGGGGCCCGGUGGUCUCCCACAGGACCUUUUCGGAACAAGCCGCUUGGACUUGCUGAAGCUGAAACUGUUUCCUUCAUGGGUCAACCGCAUGACGGAGAAGAAGAUCAAUCAAUUCUUUGAUCACCAACUCUAUGGAAUCAGACCGACACACGACUUUCUUUCUCAAGUUCCUGUGGUAAAUGACGACUUGCCGGCUCGCAUUAUCACGGGACGUGUGCAGGUCAAACCCAACCUGAAACGUUUCGAGGGUUCUGAUGCUAUCUUUGACGAUGGUACAGUGGUAAAAAAGGUGGACGUGGUGGUGUUCGCCACAGGCUACAACUACGGCUUUCCCUUCCUGCCCUCCGACCUGCAGUUCAAGUGUGGUCCUGGCCCCCAACACCGCGUCUACCGCCAUGUGUUUGCGCUCGGGCUUGCCCCACCCACGCUUGCCCUGAUUGGCUUGAUUGACGGCAACGGCCCCGUCAACCGGCUGGCAGAGUUGCAGGCACGCUGGGCCACAAGAAUUUUUAAAGGUUUGAUUAGUCUCCCGUCACAAGAAGUCAUGGCAAAGUACAUUGAGAAAGAAAUGGCAACUGUGUGCAAAAGGUUCACUAAUGCCGAAAAGAACCCCCUGCAGGUGGACAUCCCAACCUACAUUGACUCCCUGGUCAAGGAUGUGGGGGUGCAACCCAACCUCUUACGGCUCUUCCUGACUGACCCGAAGCUGGCAUGGCAGGUCCUCCUGGGCCCGAGCACCCCUUAUCAGUUCCGCCUAUGCGGACCGGGCAAUUGGGAAGGAGCCCGUGGGGCAAUUCUCAACCUGUGGGAGCGAGUUCACCAGCCUUUCCGAAGCCGCAGACCGGAACCGGCACCACAAACAAAAAGGCCACAAGGCCUCAUUGUGCUUUUGUCAGGCGCUGCCAUCUUGAUGUUCUACUUCUACAAAAAUCAUCAUCUUCGUCUCUCUUUCUUCUCUUUCAACAAUGUCAGAAGUUGA